ACUGUUGCGGGCUCUGUAUGUGGCGCAUGAGUGUGCGUUUCGGGAUGUAACGGCAGCCUCUCGGUGUAACGAUACUGAGAUUAUAUAUAAAUAUUUAUAUAUAUGUGCUCUGGGGACUCAGAAGAUAGGAUACCUUAGGAGAGCGGGCACAAAAUAAGGGAGUUUACGACAGCACGGAGCGGAGGCAGACACGGGAGCGUGGCAGGAGGGACGCUCUAGCAAACCCAACCGACACCGCACGCAGAAAUGGCGGAGCACCACGCAGCCAGCGACGGGAAGCACAAAGCGUCCACCAAUGCCGGGGGCUCGGUGCACGGGAACAGCCGACCCGGCGCCGCGGGUGGAGGAGGGGGCAAAGGAGGCCUGUCUGGCGGACUGACACAGCCAGCAGGGUGGCAGUCUUUACUCUCCUUUAGUAUUCUUUUUCUGGCCUGUCUGGCGGGAUUCAGCUCCAGACUUUUCGCGGUGAUCCGGUUCGAGAGCAUCAUCCACGAGUUUGAUCCAUGGUUCAACUAUAGAUCAACACACCAUCUCACCACAAAUGGCUUCUACGAGUUCCUCAACUGGUUUGAUGAAAGGGCCUGGUACCCCUUGGGCAGGAUCGUUGGUGGCACAGUAUACCCGGGGUUAAUGGUUACUGCGGGCCUCAUCCACUACGUGCUCAACCUGCUCCACAUCACUGUCCACAUCCGUGAUGUGUGCGUCUUUCUGGCACCGGUGUUCAGCGGUCUCACCGCCAUCUCCACCUUCCUGCUGACACGGGAGCUGUGGAACCAGGGUGCAGGGCUGCUGGCGGCCUGCUUCAUUGCCAUCGUACCUGGCUAUAUCUCCCGCUCUGUUGCAGGCUCUUUUGACAAUGAGGGCAUCGCCAUCUUCGCCCUGCAGUUCACCUACUACCUCUGGGUGAAAUCAGUGAAGACAGGCUCGGUAUUCUGGACUAUUGGCUGUUGUCUCUCCUAUUUCUACAUGGUGUCAGCAUGGGGAGGUUAUGUAUUUAUUAUCAACCUGAUUCCUCUGCAUGUGUUUGUGCUGCUGCUGAUGCAACGCUACAGCAGAAGAGUCUACAUCGCAUACAGCACUUUCUACAUUGUGGGUCUCGUACUGUCGAUGCAGAUCCCUUUCGUCGGCUUCCAGCCAAUCAGGACCAGCGAGCAUAUGGCUGCUGCCGGUGUGUUUGCACUACUCCAAGCGUAUGCCUUCCUGCAGUACCUGAAGGACAGGCUUACCAGACAGGAGUUCCAGACACUUUUCUUCCUCGGAGUCUCUCUAGCUGCCGGCAUGGUCUUCCUCACAGUGAUCUAUCUCACAUACACAGGAUACAUUGCUCCAUGGAGUGGUCGUUUCUACUCUCUUUGGGACACAGGCUACGCUAAGAUCCACAUCCCCAUCAUAGCAUCGGUUUCUGAGCACCAGCCGACGACGUGGGUCUCCUUCUUCUUUGACCUCCACAUCCUGGUCUGCACCUUCCCAUCAGGCCUCUGGUUCUGCAUCAAGAACAUCAAUGAUGAACGAGUGUUUGUGGCCCUGUAUGCCAUCAGCGCAGUGUAUUUUGCUGGUGUGAUGGUGCGAUUGAUGCUGACGCUGACUCCAGUGGUGUGCAUGCUGUCAGCCGUGGCUUUCUCCAGUGUCUUUGAGCAUUACAUGGGAGAUGACACAAAGAGGGAGAAACCCCCCGCCGAAGACAGCAGCGACGAGGACGACAAGAGGAACUCUGGGAAUCUCUAUGACAAGGCUGGAAAGGUGCGCAAACACGUGUCGGAGCAGGAGAAAGCAGAGGAGGGCUUGGGUCCAAACAUCAAGUCCAUAGUCACCAUGUUAAUGUUGAUGCUGCUGAUGAUGUUCGCCGUCCACUGCACGUGGGUCACCAGCAACGCCUACUCCAGCCCCAGUGUGGUGCUUGCUUCAUAUAACCACGAUGGGACACGUAACAUCCUGGAUGACUUCAGGGAGGCCUACUACUGGUUGAGACAGAACACAGACGAGCACGCACGCGUCAUGUCGUGGUGGGACUACGGUUACCAGAUAGCCGGCAUGGCCAACAGGACCACGCUCGUAGACAAUAACACGUGGAACAACAGUCAUAUAGCUCUGGUGGGUAAAGCCAUGUCGUCCAAUGAGAGUGCAGCCUAUAAAAUCAUGAGGUCGCUAGAUGUGGAUUACGUGCUGAUCAUCUUCGGAGGAGUAAUCGGCUACUCAGGCGAUGAUAUAAACAAGUUCCUGUGGAUGGUGAGGAUAGCGGAGGGAGAGCACCCGAAGGACAUCAGGGAGAGUGAUUACUUCACCCCACAGGGAGAGUUCAGAGUGGACAAGGCUGGUUCACCAACUCUGCUCAACUGCCUCAUGUACAAGAUGUCCUAUUAUCGAUUUGGUGAAAUGCAGCUGGACUUCCGGACACCACCUGGUUUCGACCGGACACGUAACGCCGAGAUCGGCAACAAGGACAUCAAGUUCAAGCACCUGGAGGAGGCGUUCACCUCAGAGCACUGGCUGGUCAGGAUCUACAAGGUGAAGAACCUGGACAACAGAGAGCCGGUGGACCACAAGCUUCGCAGUGUAGUGCCCAAGCAGAAGUACACCUCCAAAAAGACUGCCAAGAGGAAGCGAGGACACAUCAAGAACAAGCUGGUCCUGAGGAAAGGCAAGAAACUACAAAAAAAAUAAUGGUGAUGAUGAUGAUGAUGAACUCUUCUAGGAAAACAAACAAAUACACGCGAAGAAACCUCUAACAACCAAUGAAGACAAACACAGGGGCCGUUUAUGUGGCACUUGGUCUCAAGCGCUUCUCAUUAGGGCGCCCCCGUGUGUUGAGGAAGUUGAAGUGUCGUAUCUGGCUAGCUCCAGAACUAUUGUCUGUUUUAUCCUGAGGACCGCUGUCUUGCUUUUUUUUUCCUCCUGUUUUUGUUUUUCUGUUUGUUUUGGGGUUUUGGUUUUUUUUUACUUUGUACUUGAAUGUGUGGCAAGGUAUAGGACUGCUCUACUUGGUUUGGCGUCUGUUAAUUUUUGUGGUACGUUAAUUAACUGCUUAUCAGUAUGGGGGUUUGGGUGAAGGGGGAAACAAGUGAACAUUUGCACCAAAGACCCACUGACCUUGCUCCAUGGCACAUGCGAACUUAUUACUGAGAGUGAGGAAGCGCAGGAGUGAAAGCUGAGGACUUUGUUCCUGACACGUGUACAGUGGACAGUAUGCGGUAUGGAGGAACGUUACCGUCUAGGCACAGCCCAUCUGUAAUAUUAACCUUUUUAUCAUCAUCGUCAUCUCUGUUAUGUCUGCCUGGCUCCCUGACCCUUAUUUUUCAACAAAUUCUUUAGAGAAAAAAAUUGGCCUAAUAUGUAAAUAUGUUAUGUAAAGAAAAUGUCUAAAAGGAUGAUAAUAUAUUGGAUUAUUGUGGUGAUUUUUAAAUAUGCAGUUUUUGUUUUUCUCUUAAUUUCAUUAUGUGAUUGUUUUCGGAGGGUUUUUUUUUUGUUUUGUUUUUUGUAUGACAGCAAAAUAGAACAGUGAAUGCAAUAAUUCUUGUACAGAGGGGCUUGAGAUUUUGUUGAAAGAAUGAAUGUGAAUUUUUACAGUUUCCCCCCCACCCCCCUUUUUUCAUGAAUUGCAUAGAUUGUAUAUUUCUGCUGCUAGGAUUUUAAAGACAGAAGCAAGCAACUGUGUAUAAAAAAAAAAAAAAAAGUAGUGAUAAUAAAUUAGACAGAGGGAGCUCUCUAGUUCAGUGAGCAAAGCCUAGUGCCUCAUCGCUGGUCAUCAUCACCUCGAUAAUUUUGUGACGGUCUACCUUGUUAGCGUUUUGUUUAGCUCAUCGUGUAUCAGUGGGGCGGGUUGGGUGCUUCGUCCAGACUGAGGCAGUGGAAACUGGAAAAUUUUCAAGAUGUCUGGAAAUAGACUGGUAAACUGUGAAGAGGGGUGGUUAGUACACAGGCACUGAUGUUGAUAUUGUCAGGAAAGGUAAGAACUUUAGGAUACUUUAGAGCUGUGUCCCAGUUCCAUGCUGCAUACAAGUCUUAAAAGGUACUGAGUAUGUAGCUAAUUCACACUGUAGAAUUAAGUGCCAUUCUCAGAUAUAUCAGUAAGCAUUAGGCCUGCAACCAACUGUUAAUAAUCACUGAGUUGUUUUGUCUGUAAAAUGUAAAAAAAAAAUGUCCGUAACAGUUUCCCAGAGCCCAGUGUGAUGUAUUUAAAUGUCUUGUCUUGCCUGAUGAACAGUCUAAAGACAAAAAUAUUUAAUGUAUAAUGACAUUAAACAGAGAGAAGCAGCAAAUCUUCCCAUCUAAAGGGUGAAACAAGCCAGUAUUUGCGAUUUUUGCUUGAGAAAUCACUUGAAUGAUUAAAAAAAACUUGCCACUUAAUUUUCCGUUGAUUAAUUGAGUAAUCAUUUCCCCUCAAAUUUAGUUUGUUCGCUAUAGAAUUCACAGCUAUUCACAAAUAUGUCUAUAAAUAUGGGAAUUUGUGAGAAUCCAGCAUAGAUUUUUUUUUGUAUUGCACUGUUAACAGACACUUGCUGAAUAUGCUCCAUGAAAAUACCUCAGAAUCAGUACUGUAGGUGGUGCAUGGUGUACUUAUUAACAUUAGAGUAUAGUAGGGCUGCAACUGUUUGUCAAUUGUUUGGACCAUAAAAUGGUUUUUUUUGUCCAACCUACAGUCCACAACCCCCCAAAAAAGUAGUUUAAUGUCUUUGCAUUUGCUAAAAAGUGACUCGAGACGAUUAUUGCACUAGUUUUGUCAGUUGACUAAUCAUUAAAGCUCUAUUCAGUAUGGGACUGGGACACAUCUCUAAUCAGCAGGAACCUUUGACUUCUUAUCCUAUGGGCACUGCACUGUUCUUUGUGUUUUGGUUCUUCAGAUGCCAGGUGUAAACACUAAAGGAGUUUCUGUAUGUGCACGCUUCAGUAACCUUUUUUUUUUUUUUUAUCAAAUAAGUGACACAUCAAAAGACUAACACAUCAUACAGCUGUACUUCUUUUUGUCACAUCUCGCAGAAAGUGACUUAUUAGUUUCACCUCUUUAGUUUUUCUUUACACUUAAAAAAAAAAAACAACUUGUCUGAAUCACUUUGUUCUCUUUGCUUUUGAUCUUCUCGGAAAUUGUGUGUCACCAUUUCAGGCUUCAGACCUUCGACACAAUGCCACAUUGUUAUUCAGUUACACAAUGCCUAAAACUGUGUCACGUCUUUUGAUUCCUCAUAUGUCAAGAGAGGAGAAAGUUUAGGCAAAGCCUUAAUGUGAUGUACAGUUUUGUUGCCCUCUUUUAUUUUUUCGUUUUGUUUUCAUUAGGAACGGUGGAACAGUUCUUUCCUCUACUAAGUUUCCUCAUUUCUUAGUAGCUCAGUGCCGUCUGUCCCCGACACCAUUCUUUUGUUUGAUGCAGUCCCUCCCCGCUUCUGUCUGUUCACCUUCAAAGUUUACAUUUUUACAUUGUUGUUCUGUUCAGCCAUCUUUAAAUACACACUUCAA